CAGAGGGGCGUGGCGGAGAGCACGCUUGCUAGCGCCCGUUAAUGCUGUCGUAACAAUCAAGUUAGUGUGAGGAUUAGCAGGCUGGACGCCGCAGCAGCAGCAGGACUGCGUGACUUUCUGAACCUGACAAGUGGAAUAUAGUACAAACAGCUCGUUAGAGACCCGUGUGUUGAAGGUUUGUACUGACAUUUUACGGCGCACCGGCUGUUCUGAACCAGCGUAAGCCGGAGGCGAAAUGCGAACGUAGCCGUUAGCAGGCGAGCCAGGCCGAGGAGAGCUGGCUGGCUGUAUCCUUCAUCCAGACGGGAGCAUAGAUGUUUCACACGUACCAGUUUACCGAGUUUGUCGACGCCGGACAGGAUGCGCAAGGACGUGAGGAUAUUACUUGUGGGGGAGCCCAAAGUGGGGAAGACGUCUCUCAUCAUGUCCCUGGUCAGCGAGGAGUUCCCAGAUGUGGUUCCCUACCGAGCUGAGGAAAUCACUAUACCUGCAGAUGUCACACCAGAGAGAGUUCCCACACACAUUGUGGAUUACUCAGAGGCAGAGCAGACAGAUGAGCAGUUGUUCCAGGAGAUCUCCAAGGCAAAUGUGAUUUGCAUUGUUUACGCAGUUAACAACAAGAAGUCCAUAGAAAAGGUGAUCAGCCACUGGAUCCCCCUCAUCAAUGAGAACACAGACAAGGACAGCAGGGUUCCUCUGAUCCUGGUGGGGAACAAGUCGGACCUGGUGGAGCACAGCAGCAUGGAGACCAUUCUGCCCAUUAUGAACCAAUACAGUGAGAUAGAGACCUGUGUUGAGUGUUCAGCAAAGAACCUGAAGAACAUCUCAGAGCUGUUCUAUUAUGCCCAAAAGGCAGUGUUGCACCCCACAGGUCCUCUCUACUGCCCAGAGAAGAAAGCUAUGAAGUCACUUUGUGUCAAAGCCCUGACUCGAAUCUUCAAAGUGUCAGACUUAGACAAUGAUGGGAUCCUCAACGAUAAUGAGCUCAACUUCUUCCAGCGGACGUGCUUCAACACCCCUCUGGAGCCUCAGGCGUUGGAGGAUGUAAAAAACGUGGUGAGGAAGAAUUUGGCCGAUGGAGUGUGUGACAACGGACUCUCUUUGAAAGGCUUCCUGUUUCUCCACACCCUGUUCAUCCAGCGAGGCCGCCAUGAAACCACAUGGACUGUGCUGAGGAGGUUUGGAUAUGAUGAUGACCUGGAGUUAAAUCAGGACUACCUCUUCCCUCCGUUGAAAAUUCCUCCAGACUGCACCACAGAGCUCAACCAUAAUGCCUACCUCUUCCUCCAGAGCGUCUUCGACAAACAUGACAAGGACCGUGACUGUGCCUUGUCACCAGAGGAACUGGCGGAUCUGUUUGAUGUUUUCCCCUACAUGCCCUGGGGUCCAGAUGUCAAUAACACAGUUUGCACAAAUGAACAGGGAUGGAUCACCUACCAGGGGUAUCUCUCCCAGUGGACGUUAACAACAUAUUUGGAUGUCCAGCGAUGCCUGGAGUAUUUGGGUUACCUUGGUUACUCAAUUAUUGCUGAGCAGGAAUCUCACGCAGCAGGAAUUACAGUGACCAGAGCUAAGAAGAUUGACCUGCAGAAGAAGCAGACCCAGCGCAGCGUCUUCCGCUGUAAUGUCUUUGGAGACAUUGGCAGUGGCAAGAGUGGCUUCCUCCAGGCCUUCCUGGGUAGUAACCUCAUGCGCCAAAAAACAAUUAAAGAGGAACACAAAUCCUACUAUGCCAUCAGCACAACUUAUGUUUACGGCCAGGAGAAAUAUCUUCUUCUUCAUGAAGUGUUUCCCGACUUUGACUACCUGUCCGAUGCUGAUCUCACCUGCGACAUUGUCUGCCUGGUCUAUGAUGUCAGCAACCCUUACUCCUUUGAAUACUGCGCCAAAGUCUUCAAGCAAUACUUCAUGGACAGCAAGACUCCAUGCAUGAUGAUAGCAGCCAAGUCAGAUCUGCCAGAGGUCAAACAGGUGUAUGGCUGCAGUCCCCUGGAGUUUUGCAGGAAGCACAAGAUGCCUCCUCCUCAGUCCUUUACCUGUAACACUGCAGCAGCACCCAGCAGAGACAUCUACACCAAACUUACCACUAUGGCCAUGUACCCCCACGCCCGGUUGCGCUGCAUGUGCACUUGUAACCGAUGCACCUUCUGCUUGUGUCAGAACUUCCUCAACUCUGAGCUGCUGCAGACGGUCAGGGCCAAACUCUACGCUGUUGUACUCCGAAGACAUGUGAGCCAAGCCGACCUGAAGAGCUCCACCUUCUGGCUCAGAGCAAGUGUCGGGGCCACAGUGUUUGCAGUACUGGGCUUCGCCAUGUACAGAGUGCUGCUCAAACCACGGUGAUCUUUGGGCACGCUGGGUCUAACUCUCUUUACAUCCAUGGUACAUGUAGAGCUACUUUGACCAGUCACAGCUUUCCCAGUUAUGUAUAGUAAAUGAAAAAUGUCUCCAAUCCCAUCAUGGUUUUGUAGUUUAAUGGGUCCCAGCUGUAAAAAAUAUACAUUUGUUUGUUUGUGUGGGGUGAAAACGGUAAAAUCUUUCUUUAGCAAGCACUAAUUUUCAUUCCACUGUAAAUUUCUUGUCUUAGAGGAUAAAAGAUAAAAAAAAUUUAAUUUUGUACCAGAAUUGCUAAUUUGCUUCUUCUGUUUGUCUGCAAGUAUUUGCAAAGUAAUAAAUCUAUAUUUAUAUUGAAAAUGAGGGAAAGCUGCCAAGGAGCUGUGGGAACAUAUAAGUGAGUCACAUAUAUAAAUAUAUAUAUAUACAGCUAUUUUUUGGUUGCUUGGGGAUUGAGAUGAACAACUUGAUGUCAGCUGAUAUCGGGAUUAUGAUAUGUGAGGUGUGCUACAGCGUUAAUGCUUUUAUUAGGCCAAACAAUCUGUAAAUAAUGUAUAUAAUAUAGUAGACUGUACAUUUGUUUGUCUUCGUCCAAAAGGGCCAUGUCGGAUUCAUCCUCAAAACGCUAAAUGCAAAAGUAUCAGUUUAACAGCCUGGUCAUGAACUCGUACAAACAUCAGAGUCGAUCAUUCACACGGAUGGAAAUUGGUUUGCCUUUCAAGGCCAAAGCUUUGGACGCACACUUUCUUUUUUUUAAUGUUUGUACAUCUGAGCUGGUCAGUGUUUGAUCAGUGGAUGUGUAGACAGGUCUGCUGCUUUCUCUCACGUCUUCCAAUGCUGGUCUGCUCAUGUGGGUGUGUGCAUGCAUGCAUGUAUGUAUGUAUGUAUGUGUGUGCUUGUGUGCUCAGAUAUUGAAAAUCAACACAUGUAAGACCACCUGGUACAUUUUGUGUUUGCAUGCUUCAGAAUUUCUGGCCACAUUCCAGUGUUUUAUGACUGAAUGAAUAUAAAGGAAUUACAGUACCAUGUCCCCAAUAGUGAAAAGGGAUAUAGUCAAGUUUAAUGACAGGAGUGCUGAACAAUGGAUAGUUGACUCUUGAGUCAUAGCAGUUUUUGAUGUUCAUUUGACUGUUGUUGUGAUUCCCAGUCAGCUCUCCUGAUCACAAGAUGCAAUACUGUGGCCCCAGAUGUUUAUUUCCAUGCAAUUGCAACUGCUUGUCACAAGGCUCAGUUUGAUGUAUUCAUUCAUCCCUGCCUUUCCAAAAGUUUACAAUAAAUAAAUAUGUCUAUUA